CUAAAUGAGUUGCGAAGCUUUCCCCCGCGGCGGGGCUUCGGCGGCCGCCGGUUCCUGCAGCGACGGCGGAGCCAGCGAGCCCCCCGCCUUCUACUCGAAGCUGCGGACGAGGCUGCUGUCGGCCUGGGCCUGGCCCAGCUCGGUGCUGUUCCACCGGCCUCCGGACGUGCCCAGCCCGCUCGGGUCGCUUCUCCCGAAGAUGGGAGGAGGUGGCUUGGGAGCCCAGGAGACCAAGGGCACCGGCCCGGCCGGAAGCCUCCUGCCCGCCAUCGGGCAGUGGCUGGGCGUCUCCCAUUACUGGAUCCCCGAGGCGGAUGGCGGGGAGGAGGCGGCGCUCCCUCUGCGUGACUGCCAGCCCUCGGCUCCCUGGUCUCAGAGCCUGUUGGGGAAGGUGUGGGGCAAGGUUUGGCUCGGGGCACUGGAGCCACAUGGCUGGUAUGGCUUAGCCCGCAGGGCGGCCUGUUACCCCCAGGGCCUGAACAUGCAGACGUCGGACCAAUGGCCCUGUCACCAUCCAGCAUCUUCUCGAUAUCACGAAAAGCUUGGCUUCAGCAUUUGGGCGCAUUCUGAUCUGCCCUUUUCCGCCGUCCAGAGAAUGGAGAAGCCCGCAGAACUUUCCCAACCUGACACCAUAGACCAGGACCAUGGUUAUUUUAGUCUGGAAAUAGAUCACACUUUUCACAAAGAGCAGCAGCUCAAUGCGGGCAAUGUCGUCUCCCCUCCAUCCGAAUGUGCUAUGGAUCAUUGCUCUGAAGCCGAUGAUAUGAAGGAAAAGAAAGACAAUUCUGUAGAAAAUGAAGAAGCAGUUUUGUUGCACCUUGUUGAUGUGGACUUGACCACCCGCCAUCUUUUGGAAAUUGAGAAUAAGAUUAUUUCCUCGGGAGGUGAUGAGUGGGGUAGUAGUGAUGAUGAAAGUGAGGAUGAUUCCGAGGAAGAGGAAAUCAACCUUUCCAUAUCCAGACCACAGUGCUCCAAUAAAACAAUAGCCUAUAUUUUAGGAAGCCCAGGCAGCAAUGACGAUGACAGUGAGGAUCAGGAGAGUGACUGGGACAGUGAUGGAUUUGACAGUGAUGAAAGUUCUGAACUCUCAGACAGCAAUGUAGAUCUCUGGAAUCCUUUUGCAGAAUUCUCUGAUCCAUACAACCCUUUGAAUUUUCGAGCUUCCAUUAAUACUCGACACAAGUUAGAAACUAGAACCGUGUUUGAGCCCAGUAAUCCCCAGCAACCUGUGUCGUGCUUCCCUGUAAUAGAAGACCUUGAAGACAGACUAGACAGUGGGUUUUCUGAAGUAAUUCAGGACGAGCCACUGACACCACACGUGGAGCUGCCUUUGCGAAGAAAAUGUUCCAAAAGGGUUGCCUUUGAUGAACAUGUCACAGAAUAUUAUGUAAGCAGCGAGGAGAUCCGUAAAGGUCCUUGGGAAGAGUAUGCUCGGGAUCGCUGCAGAUUCCAGAAGCGAAUCAAAGAAACUGAAGAAUGUAUUGGCUACUGUUUUACCCUUAAACACCGAUGGACUGUGCUGCAAAGAAUGCAGCUGGGCAGCUAGUGAUUCCCGAGCACAGAUAGCAUUGAGAAAAAAGAAUUCACCUCUUUUGCUAAUUAAAGACUAAUGACAAAUUAAUCCUCAAGUUUGCCCAAACUGUGCAAUGUCAUUUGACGGGAUGGUUGGGUGUGGAAUAUUUUGCACAGCCGCUGUGUGACUAACUUGGAGUAAAAAGCAGCCUAUUAUGAAACAUGUCCCAUUUGAGGUUACAGAGAAACUUCAAAGAAGUCCAAUAUUAUUUAGGCACUAUUUUUAGAUUUAGUUCUAACUAUUAUCUGGUCUGAUGCUUCAAAUAGUUUUCACUUUUUGUGACCCAUCUAGAGAGAUUUAUUUUAUUACUCGUGGUGAUUAAGCAAGUUUGUUCAAUAAGUUACCCAAUACUGGUGUGAUAUAGUAAUUAAUUCACUCCCCUUUUAUCCCUGGAAUUUGGAUUAAAACCCAAUCUGGAUUGAUGUAAGAACCAUAGAUCUGUUGACUAAAUCCUGUCUGAUAUUCACUUUAGACAAAAAAGUAAAUGUAAAGUUUAUGGCAUUUGGAAGAUGUAUUUCUGAUUCAAUAUGGUGCUCAACUGCAAUGGGACUGAGGCACUUUAUCAAAGCAAAGAAGUUGAGGGGAAAAUAAUUUAUUAAAGCAUUUGAAGCUCAGAUUGCAUCAACCAUCUGAGUUUCAUUCUGAAAGUCACAAGUGUUUUAGGAAUAAUGUGGGGCAAAACCAUAAAGGAUCCUACCCAAUUUUUAAAAAAAAAAUUUUCUCAUGACACUGAAGGAAGCCAUUUGGCCUAUCAUGUCCAUUCUGGCAAACUUUAAAUUUCAGAGCUGCUAUCGCAGAUUUGAUUUGGGCCUCAGGUUAUUGGUACAGUAACUACACCAGACCGCGUUACUUAAGCUUAUUUUUGUGAUUGUUGGGGGGGCUCUAAAGUUUGAAUCUUUGAAGGCUGGUCUUCACAACUGCAGUCUGAACAGUGGGGUGCUAGAAGCUAAGCUAAAGACCAGCGCUCAUUUUAACAAUUCAUUCUUCAAAGCACAGAGAUGGCUACUUUUAUUUUAGAGGUCAACUAAAAGAUUAAGUUUUAAAUUGCUUUGGCCUUCAUUAUUCCUUUAAGCCUUCUUGUUAAUUUUUAAAUUUCUACCGCAUUGAAUUUCCUGCUGGUUCUGUGCUUAUACAUUUUUCCCCUUGUUGAAAUAUUUUACAAUGCAUUCCACAUAAUAACCAGAUUACAGUGUAACAACACCAGGAUCAUUUCAUUUUUCAAUUUUAUUUGGUGACUGUUUAAUUUCAGUUCACAGCUAUUGAUUUGAACAAAAUUAGUUGCACUAAUGGGUCUUCCCCUUUCUCCUGUCCCCCAAAUAUCUUUAAGGAUUUGGGUAUUGUUCACCUCUUCAUUUGAUCAUUUUGUAAGCUCUUUCAAAUAUGUCAGGCGAAAGGGAAAUCUCAAUUUGAAUGAGUUGCUGAAACAAAUAUUUUGUGAAUUAUCAGGACCAAUUCUUUUUCAUUUGUCAUUGCCUGGAAUUGUUGCUUCAAAGCUGUCUGGUUCGAUUCCUUUUUGGAGCUGAUGUGUACCUUGUUUAAAAACUUUUUCAGUGCAUUACAGUUGGAUCAUUUACCUAUUUGGUUCAACUAGAAUGUCCAGGAGGAAUUUCUCACUGUUUCCUAUCAGCAGAAUUAUAUACAACAGAAGGAGACUAUUUGGUCCGUCUCCCUUAAACCAAAUGUUUGUAAGGACUAUCGAGCAUGUCCCACUCCCCUACUCUUUCAUUGUAGUCCUGUAAUUUUUUUUUCCUGUUUUGAAAGAUAACACUGUAUUUGCUUUCAGGCAAUUCAUUCCAUGUCGUCAUAACUCAUUGGAUAAAGGAUAGCCUCUUCUUAUUCUCUUGGGUGCAAAAAAAUUGUAUGAUAUUUUGAUGCUGCCUGAUUAGAAACAUAAGAUAUAAAGGGAAUUGUGGUGUAAGGUUGGUUAUGUGGUCUGUGAGAUACAGUUUUAGGUAUUUCUCAGCUACCUAUUCAACAGCUAAUUUGAUUAAAAAGACACCAAAUAUUGCAAAUACUCCUGUAAGGAAGCAUUUGAGGGAAAGAAAACUUUAACGUUUCAGGUCAAUGGCCUGAUAAAAGGAAAUUGACCUGAAACCUUCAUUCUCUCCACUGAUUUUGCCUGAUUUCAAGUAUGUUGAGCAUUUUCUGAGUUUAUUUCAGAUUUCCAAACUACCUACCCAGCUGUAAUGCACUGUUGGUAACUAUAAAAUAUUGUUACAUGUCAUCUUACAGCUUUUGUAAAAAUUAAGCACUAUUUUGUUCUAAUAAGCACUAAUUGGUUAUACACAUGCAACAAGUGCCAUAUUUUUAAAUGUGGUACAAGUCGCAUUCAGAAUCCAGGUCUGUUUCAAUCCCUUUCAAAUCUUUAUGAACUGAAAAAUAUUGGGUCACUUUUCAUUAUUUCAUUUUUAAAUGCUUGCUAUGGGCAGAUUAUUGCUAAAUCUGAGCUACGUGUAAUUGAUUUACUCUUGUGUUUUUAAUGAAACUCUGCAUAGCUACUUCCUCACUCAUUUAGAAAUUAGGGAUUCCUUUUUCAAUUUGUUGGAGAUUGGGAGGGCAUCAAAUAAUUCUGGAUUAAAAUCCGGAGGCUGCCAAGUAUUUGAACUUUUGACCUAAUUGAAGUCAAACUGAGAUCAAACUUAUUAGAAUUCUUGUUUUGAAAAUAAAAUUCACAAGUGAUACUGGUUUCAAAAGCAAGGUACAAAAUCCAAAUCUGUAAAUUUUGUCUUUAUGGAUUGUGGCAUAAUGCCUUAGGAAUUUGUCAUUUCAUUACUCAGAGCGUAUAACAACCACUUUUAAGCUAUCUUACUCACAUGCUAAUGGUGAAUGGUGCUUUAAGUACCACUUGGGUUUCAUUUCCAGUAACUAAUGUGCAGACUUGGAGUCUAAAAAUCCAUCUACCUUUUUGGCUUACUGAAGUGCUACAUUUCUCACAAACUUAGUGGCACUUGGACAAUGGACUUUGAUACUUAAGGUGCUCCUUUUUAAAAAAAAAGGGAUUGGUGAUGGAGUGUUGUCUCAUUGAUGGAGAAACAUUUGUAAGCAGUCCUCUACCCUGCAUCGGGGCACCUCUUGCCAGUUGAUGAGUAUCUAUUGGUGAGUCUGCUCACCUGAAAUAAGAGUCGUGACACUCAGACUAAAGGAGAUGUAGGGAAAUGCUAGCUGAGCAUGCAUUAUUUGCAGCCAUUCACAUUGUUCACUUGACAAAUGUGCAACCUUACUCUCUGAUUUUUUUUUUGGAGAGAAUUGGGUAAGCACUUGUAGCAGACCUCAGCAGUCAAAAUGAUCAGAAUUGCCAUGACACAAAUCCACUAUCGGUAUCUGUUUUUCUUGCAUUCUGUAAUCUCCGUCUUUUAUUGUGUGAAAGUAUCAGGUAUGGGAGUUCUUGAAGACUCUUGCAAGAGAUGCAGUUUUGCACCAUUUACCCUCAGUUUGUGGAUUUUAAUUUACCAAGCAACUAAUUAUUUUUAUAAUUUUUUUCCCAAUUUGUAAAAUGUGUAAAGAAAAUUAUAGUCAAUUCUAUUUUGUGUUAGAUUUGUUAAUUAUUGGUAAAUGGCUAUAAAAUUAAUUUAUAAUUCCCCAUCAAAUUGUGUUUAAAAUGGGAAUCGCAAAUGGUGCAUUAAGCACUUAAAACAAAACCCUGAAUUUACAAAUAAAAGGAAUCUGAAGCA